AUGCCCAAGAUCCCACCUCUCUCGGCGGAGGAGUCGCGGGCAAUCCUGAAGCGAAUCAGGGAAGGUGACCUCAAUGCCAUGGCAGAGGCUUCAGAAAAAGCCGAGGACGAUGAGUCCUGUGUGCGACUGAUUACGACAGGCCUUUCCGGAGCCCUAGUGCCACCGCUGCGCCGCGGCACCACUCCGGCGCUGGCCCUCUUGGCCUUGUUAGGUCGCAGGUCCAUGCAGAUGGGUCCUGGAGGCGUGCAGCACAAGACUGUUGCCGAGUCGUUGAUGACGGCAGACGGGAACCUGAAUUUCUCGGCUCAGGUGGAGGCCAUUUCCUCGCCCGACAUCCGCAGGGCAGCCCUGGCGGCUGAAGCGCAGGGGUUUAAGCUGGCCAUGGUUGACCGUUUCGAUCCGAACCUUCUGGUGCUGGACCUCCUCCGGCGCAUUGCCAACUCACAUGCGCAGAGGCCGCCUCCCCCAGGCCCAGGAUGUUUCACGCGCUGUGCCCAAGAGCUUCAGACCUGGUUUCGGGAGACCACCGUGGGCUCCUUGCUUCACCGCCUGCUCGCUCCAGAUGGACCACUGGGCGAGAGUGGAGAAGUGCAGGAGACUAGCAGAGAUGUUAGGGGAGAUGGGGAGGGAUCCCCGACGCAGACAUCAUCGCCUGCAUCGGAGCCGACAUCGCCCAGCACGAAGCAGGUUCCCAGCGAGGAAGGCGGCGCUCCAGGCAGCCCAGCUUCGGCUUCGGAAAAGCCCAAGCGGCCGAAGCGGCAAGGCUUUCCUUCCCAAGCACUGCGCCAACACCUGCGCGAGGGCCUGAAGCAGCUAAAGCAGGACAUUGAAGUGAUGCUAUUCCUAUCUUUUCCUGCUGACAGCCCCUUCAGUGACCCGACUGUGGAGAGCUUGUUCCAGUGGCACUACACGCGACGGUCCUGGGUUUGCAUGGAUUGGUCUGCGCUUGCCACUCUCUUGAUGUUGUGUUGGGAUAUUGCCAUGAAUCCACCAUACAGGGUUCUCUUGGUACUGCUUUUUUAUGUGGCCUUUGGUGCUGGCCUCAUAAUCCGGAAGCUGUUGAUGUUCGCAUCGCCCUCGGCACCGAACAGUUGGAGGGUAUGGCACAACGUUCUACUUUGUGCAUUUUUCUUUGGUCGAUGUGUAAUCUGUCAGCCCUUGCUCGUGUCGCUCGCAACGGAAGGAUCCACGCUUCAGGCAGUUCAGGUCGAAGCGUUUAGUUCCGUGAUCGGCCUGGGCAUGACAAAUAUCUCGAUGGUCUUCAUGCAGCAGAUGCAGACCAUAGAUACACUUCUGUUCUGUUUUGUGAACGGUGCGGUCUUCAUACUUUGGAUCAUUUUCGUUUUGCAGAUGCCGCUCACCGAUGCCUUGCACACGGCCUAUGUUGGCAGCAUCGUUAUCACUGCCGUGUGCGUCCGUCAGCAACGAGAUUUAGAGGAGUUGGACCGCCGCAGCUUCGACCACCAGCUGCUGAACGCCCGCGGCACCCUGGUCCGAUCUGCAGAGCAGCUGUCACGACAGAGCACGGCCCAGGAGUUCAGCUGGCAGAUGCUCAUUCUGCAGAGCUCCCGCAGAGUGGAGCACUUGAACUUCUAA